AUGUCUUCCUCAACAUCAAAGCCUGCGCCGACAGUGCUCGUCGCGCUUUCAGCAGAGGCUGUUGAUGACCUCAUCUAUGACGCCCGAGCUGGAGACCUCGAGGCUUUGAAUGCCGACAUUGCCACUCUUGCUGCCCAGCACAACUGCCCUGAAUCGCACAUUGUUGCGUCAGUCAUCGACAUGGAAGAUGAGAGUGCCGGCGGAACGGGCUCCUGCGUGCUUCACUUCCCUGCUGCCAAUGGAAACAGCGAAAUCCUCAACGCUCUGCUCCAGAAGCUGUCCCCUCUGGACGCUGCCCAGCGCACAGCCUUUGUCAACCACCCCAAUCAUUCAGGCAACACGCCCCUUCACUGGGCUGCGCUGAACACGCACCUGGAAUGCGUCAAGGCUCUUGUCGAGGCUGGUGCCGACGUUGCUCUCAAGAAUGACGCUGGUCACGAUGCCAUGUUCCUUGCCGAGCGUGCGGCCUGGUCUGCUGGUGCCGAGGAGGAUGGUGAGGCUGCUGAGAAUGCUGACGAGCCUCAGGAGAUUGAGAUGACCAUUGGCGAGGAGGAGCAGGGUCAACAGCAACAGGCCGAUGCUGGUGAGAUGUCUGCUGGCAGACAGGUUGUUGAGUGGUUGUUGAGCUCGGAGAAGGCGGCUGGGCUGGAAAGCAGCGCUACUGAGGCUGAAAAGUCCUCGUGA